CUUCCCGGGCUCCGGCCGCCUCACGCGCACAAAUGGGGCUAGGGGACUGACUGGGUCGUCGUGGCCAAGGACGGCUAGUCUCUGAGGGCAAGUAGCCACCAGUCCAACUCGGGUCGCCCCCACUAUUACUUCGGGGGAGCGGCCACAGCAGGUCCUUUCUGGUGGUGAGUGGCUGUCAUGAUCUCGACAGCACCGCUCUACAGCGGCGUGCACAACUGGACCAGUUCUGACCGGAUUCGCAUGUGUGGCAUCAACGAGGAGAGAAGAGCACCCCUUUCUGAUGAGGAGUCCACGACAGGUGACUGCCAGCGCUUUGGAUCUCAGGAGUUUUGUGUCAGCAGCAGUUUUUCCAAGGUGGAGCUCACGGCAGUUGGAAGUGGCAGCAAUGCCCGGGGGGCAGACCCAGAUGGCAGUACAGCAGAAAAACUUGGGCACAAGUCAGAAGACAAGCCUGACGACCCCCAGCCCCAAAUGGACUAUGCUGGGAAUGUGGCGGAGGCUGAGGGCCUGUUGGUGCCGCUGAGCGGCUCGGGGGACGGGCUCAAGCUUCCUGCUCCUGACGGCGCCACUGAGGCUGGCGACAGCAGGGCCGACUGCUCCUGGGCCCCCCUCAGCACCCAAAUGAGCAAGCAGGUGGACUGCUCAGCAGCUGGGGUGAAGGCCUUGGACUCUCGGCAUGGCGUGGGGGAGAAGAAUACUUUCAUUUUGGCAACUCUGGGAACUGGAGUCCCCGUGGAGGGAACCCUGCCUCUGGUUACCACUAACUUCAGUCCACUGCCAGCCCCCAUCUGCCCCCCUGCUCCCAGUUCGGCCUCCGUCCCCCCGUCUGUUCCGGAUCCGUUCCAAGUUCCCCUCUCUGUCCCCACCCCAGUGCCCCACUCCGGGCUAGUUCCCGUCCAGGUUGCCACUUCGGUUCCAGCCCCUUCCCCUCCUUUAGCACCUGUCCCAGCUCUGGCUCCGGCACCGCCGUCAGUGCCCACACUCAUCUCCGAUUCAAACCCCCUUUCAGUUUCAGCCUCGGUCUUGGUGCCUGUGCCAGCUUCGGCUCCCCCUUCGGGUCCUGUUCCUCUGUCGGCUCCGGCCCCCACCCCGCUGUCAGUCCCAGUUUCAGCUCCUCCCUUGGCUCUGAUCCAGGCUCCCGUGCCCCCUUCAGCUCCAACCCUGGUCCUCGCACCUGUCCCCACACCAGUUCUGGCUCCCAUGCCAGCGUCCACGCCUCCAGCGGCUCCCGCCCCUCCGUCAGUGCCGUUGCCCACCCCGACUCCGUCUUCUGGCCCACCCUCUACCCCUACCCUCAUCCCUGCCUUUGCUCCUACGCCGGUGCCCGCACCCACUCCGGCCCCGAUCUUUACUCCAGCCCCCACGCCCAUGCCGGCUGCCACUCCAGCUGCCAUUCCCACCUCCGCACCCAUCCCGGCCUCCUUUAGUUUGAGUCGAGUAUGUUUUCCUGCAGCUCAGGCACCAGCUAUGCAAAAAGUCCCAUUGUCCUUUCAGCCAGGGACAGUACUGACCCCAAGCCAGCCGCUGGUAUAUAUCCCGCCUCCGAGCUGUGGGCAGCCACUCAGUGUGGCCACACUGCCAACGACCUUGGGGGUCUCCUCAACUCUUACACUGCCUGUCCUGCCUUCCUACCUUCAGGACAGGUGUCUCCCUGGUGUGCUGGCCUCCCCAGAGCUCCGGUCUUACCCAUAUGCGUUUUCUGUGGCCCGGCCUCUGACUUCAGAUUCCAAGCUGGUCUCUCUGGAGGUGAACAGGCUUCCCUGUGCGUCCCCAUCCGGCAGCACCAGCACCCAGCCUGCGCCCGAUGGGGUCCCCGGGCCUUUGGCAGAUACUUCCCUCUCUACUGCUUCUGCCAAGGUGCUUCCAACCCCACAGCCUUUGCUGCCAGCCCCCAGCGUGAGCUCGGCCCCACCACACCCCGCCAAGAUGCCAGGUGGUGGUGAGCAGCAAACAGAAGGGACUUCCAUCACCUUCUCUCCCCUCAAGUCACCUCCACAGCUGGAGCGAGAGAUGGCCUCUCCACCUGAGUGUAGCGAGAUGCCCCUGGACCUCUCCUCUAAGUCCAACCGCCAGAAGCUCCCGUUGCCGAACCAACGCAAGACGCCCCCCAUGCCCGUGUUGACCCCCGUGCACACCAGCAGCAAGGCCCUCCUCUCCACGGUCUUGUCUAGGUCUCAGCGCACCACCCAGGCUGCUGGGAGCAAUGUCACCUCCUGCCUGGGCUCUACUUCCUCGCCCUUCGUCAUCUUUCCUGAGAUCGUGAGGAAUGGGGACCCGAGCACCUGGGUGAAGAACUCCACUGCGCUGAUCAGCACCAUUCCCGGCACCUACGUGGGAGUGGCCAACCCAGUGCCUGCAUCCCUGCUGCUGAACAAAGACCCUAACCUGGGCCUCACCCGAGACCCCCGCCAUCUCCCCAAGCAGGAGCCCAUCUCCAUCAUCGAUCAAGGAGAGCCCAAGAGCACCAGUGCCCCCUGUGGCAAGAAGGGCGGCCAGGCUGGGACUGAGGGACAGCCAAGCACAGUCAAACGUUACACCCCAGCCCGCAUCGCCCCUGGGCUCCCGGGGUGCCAAACCAAGGAGCUCUCUCUGUGGAAGCCCACGGGGCCAGCAAAUAUUUACCCACGGUGUUCAGUCAAUGGGAAACCCACCAGCACCCAGGUCCUGCCUGUUGGCUGGUCACCAUACCACCAAGCGUCUCUGCUUUCCAUUGGCAUUUCCAGUGCCGGGCAGCUGACCCCCAGUCCGGGGGUGCCCAUCAGGCCCACCAGCGUCGUUUCCGAGUUUUCUGGUGUGCCGUCUCUUGGCCCCAGUGAAGCUGUGCAUGGACUUCCAGAGGGGCAGCCACGGCCUGGGGGCCCCUUUGCUCCAGAGCAGGACACUGGCACGAAGAACAAAACGUGUCGGAUUGCUGCCAAGCCUUACGAAGAACAAGUCAACCCUGUCCUCCUGACUCUCAGCCCUCAGACAGGGACCUUGGCACUGUCUGUCCAGCCGAGCGGUGGGGACAUAAAAGUGAAUCAGGGGCCUGAGGAAUCAGAGAGCCACCUCUGCCCCGACAGCACUCCUAAGAUAGAAGGUCCCCAGGGGGCUUGUGGCCUGAAGCUGGCAGGAGACACCAAGCCUAAAAACCAAGUACUGGCCACCUACAUGUCUCAUGAGCUGGUCCUGGCCGCCCCCCAGAACCUGCACAAGAUGCCCGAGCUGCCUUUGCUACCUCAUGACAACCGCCCCAAGGAACUCAUCUUGGAUGUGGUCCCAAGCAGCAAGAGGGGCUCCAGCACAGAGCUGUCACAGCUUGGAAGCCAGGUGGACCUGGGGCGGGUGAAAAUGGAGAAAGUGGAUGGUGAUGUGGUCUUCAAUUUAGCCACCUGCUUCCGGGCUGAUGGCCUCCCAGCAGCUCCCCAGAGGGGCCAAGCUGAAGUUCGGAAUAAGGCCGGGCAGGCGCGAGUGAAACAGGAAAGCAUAGGUGUCUUUGCUUGCAAGAACAAGUGGCAGCCAGACUCAGUGGUGACCGAUGGGGUGACCGAAUCUCUGCCGCCCAAGAAAAUGAAGUACAGCAAAGAGAAGGACGGUGAGGAGCAGCAGCCACAAGCCAAGGUCAUAGCCCGGAGUUCCCAUGGACCCAAGUGCCGGAAGCCGCCUAGUGACCCCCAGGAACCCACCAAGAAAAGCCCCAGGGGGGCUGCAGAUUCAGGAAAAGAGCACAAUGGAGUCAGGGUAAAGCACAAGCACCGGAAGCCAACAAAGCCGGAUUCCCAGUCUCCAGGAAAGCGAGCUGAUGGCCACGAGGAAGGUUCCUUGGAGAAGAAAGCAAAGAGCAGUUUCCGUGACUUCAUCCCCGUGGUUCUGAGCACGCGAACGCGCAGUCAGUCUGGAGGCAUCUGUAGCCCCUUUGCUGGUGUGGCAGACAGUGACAUGGGAAGCCAGGAGGUCUUCCCCACAGAGGAGGAAGAAGAUGUGACCCCUACCCCAGCUAAGCGUCGAAAGGUGAGAAAAACCCAGCGGGACACCCAGUAUCGCAGCCACCAUGCCCAGGACAAGACUCUGCUGAGCCAGGGCCGCCGGCACCUGUGGCGAGCCCGAGAAAUGCCCUGGAGGACAGAGGCUGCCCGGCAAAUGUGGGACACCAACGAGGAGGAGGAGGAAGACGAGGAGGAGGGCCUGGUGAAGAGGAAGAAGCGGAGACGACAGAAGAGCCGGAAGUAUCAGACUGGGGAGUACCUGACAGAGCAAGAAGAAGAGCAGCGGCGGAAAGGGAGAGCAGAUUUAAAGGCUCGGAAGCAGAAGACUUCCUCCCAAAGUUCGGAGCACCGCCUCAGGAACAGGAACCUUCUCUUGCCCAACAAAGCCCAGGGGAUCUCGGAUUCACCAAACGGUUUCCUCCCAAAUAACCUGGAGGAGCCAGCCUGCCUUGAAAAUUCAGAAAAGCCAUCAGGAAAACGGAAGUGCAAGACCAAGCACAUGGCAAACGUCUCAGAAGAGGCCAAGGGCAAAGGUCGUUGGAGCCAGCAGAAGACAAAAUCUCCCAAGCCUCCCACCCCAGUGAAACCCACAGAACCAUGCACGCCCUCUAAGUCCCGAAGUGCCGGCCCAGAGGAGGCCUCUGAGUCACCUACAGCCCGGCAGAUCCCUCCAGAGGCACGUCGGCUCAUAGUGAACAAAAACGCGGGCGAGACCCUCCUGCAGCGGGCGGCCCGUCUUGGCUAUAAGGAUGUCGUUCUCUACUGCCUCCAGAAGGACAGCGAAGACGUGAAUCACCGCGACAAUGCUGGCUACACGGCCCUGCAUGAGGCCUGCUCCAGGGGCUGGACCGACAUCCUGAACAUCCUGCUGGAGCACGGGGCCAACGUCAACUGCAGUGCGCAAGAUGGCACGAGGCCGGUUCAUGACGCGGUGGUCAAUGACAACCUGGAGACCAUCUGGCUCUUGCUGUCCUAUGGGGCUGACCCCACACUGGCCACCUACUCGGGGCAGACAGCCAUGAAGCUGGCCAGCAGCGACACCAUGAAGCGCUUUCUCAGCGAUCACCUCUCCGAUCUUCAGGGCCGGGCAGAGGGUGACCCUGGCGUGUCCUGGGACUUUUACAGCAGUUCUGUGUUGGAGGAAAAAGAUGGCUUUGCCUGUGACCUCCUACAUAAUCCUCCCGGGAACUCUGAUCAAGAAGGAGAUGAUGUGGAAGAGGAUGAUUUCAUGUUCGAGCUCUCAGACAAGCCUCUUCUCCCUUGCUACAACCUCCAAGUGUCAGUGUCCCGCGGGCCCUGCAACUGGUUCCUCUUUACCGACGUCCUGAAGAGGCUGAAGCUUUCCUCCAGGAUCUUUCAGGCUCGGUUCCCGCACUUUGAAAUUGCCACCCUGCCCAAGGCUGAGUUCUACCGGCAAGUGGUCUCCAGUCAGCUUCUGACCCCAGCCGAGAGGCCCGGAGGCAUGGACGACAGAUCCGCCCCAGGCUCCUCUGAGACUGUGGAGCUGGUGCGGUACGAGCCAGAGCUCCUUCGGCUCCUGGGGUCUGAGGUGGAGUUCCAGCCCUGGAACAGUUGACCUGGGAAGCAGCCCCUCCCUUUUCUUCUUUCUCCUCCCAAGUUCGCCCGUCCCCACCUCCCCUGCCUUUCCCCCACCGAGCACCAGACUGCAGAAUGAGGCAAUAAUACGGACCAACAAGAAGCCGCCUUAUCAA